CACUUGUUAACGGUUUCAGGGGCCGUGUUCCCGUAAGUUUACUCCUAUAAGUGUUUCAUUAUCCAUGUGUGACACCAAAUCAUAUUUUUGCCCAUUAGGUCGGGGUCUCAAACAUCCACUGCCAAAAUAACAUCCUUGUUCGACGCUUUGUUAAAGUUUUAUUUGCGAAAAACAGGAACACGGCCCCUGAAACCGUUAGUAGUUGAAUGCUUAACCUUUAAAGAUUGGUACGCAAGUGAAGGAGAUUCUUUCACUACAAGCCAGCACAGAUACAACUUAUGUUUCCACUACAAGCCAUCACGGAUACAACUUAUGUUUCCACUACAAGCCAUCAAAGAUACAACUUAUGUUUCCUCUACAAGCCAUCAAGGAUACAACUUAUGUUUCCACUACAAGCCAUCAAGGAUACUACUUAUAUUUCCACUACAAGCCAUCAAGGAUACAACUUAUGUUUCCUCUACAAGCCAUCAAGGAUACUACUUAUGUUUCCACUACAAGCCAUCAAGGAUACUACUUAUAUUUCCUCUACAAGCCAUCAAGGAUACAACUUAUGUUUCCACUACAAGCCAUCAAGGAUACUACUUAUGUUUCCACUACAAGCCAUCAAGGAUACAACUUAUGUUUCCACUACAAGCCAUCAAGGAUACAACUUAUGUUUCCACUACAAGCCAUCAAGGAUACUACUUAUGUUUCCUCUACAAGCCAUCAAGGAUACUACUUAUGUUUCCACUACAAGCCAUCAAGGAUACUACUUAUGUUUCCUCUACAAGCCAUCAAGGAUACAACUUAUAUUUCCACUACAAGCCAUCAAGGAUACAACUUAUGUUUCCUCUACAAGCCAUCAAGGAUACAACUUAUAUUUCCACUACAAGCCAUCAAGGAUACUACUUAUGUUUCCUCUACAAGCCAUCAAGGAUACUACUUAUGUUUCCACUACAAGCCAUCAAGGAUACUACUUAUGUUUCCACUACAAGCCAUCAAGGAUACUACUUAUGUUUCCUCUACAAGCCAUCAAGGAUACAACUUAUGUUUCCUCUACAAGCCAUCAAGGAUACAACUUAUAUUUCCACUACAAGCCAUCAAGGAUACUACUUAUAUUUCCUCUACAAGCCAUCAAGGAUACUACUUAUGUUUCCACUACAAGCCAUCAAGGAUACUACUUAUGUUUCCUCUACAAGCCAUCAAGGAUACUACUUAUGUUUCCUCUACAAGCCAUCAAGGAUACUACUUAUGUUUCCUCUACAAGCCAUCAAGGAUACUACUUAUAUUUCCACUACAAGCCAUCAAGGAUACAACUUAUGUUUCCUCUACAAGCCAUCAAGGAUACUACUUAUGUUUCCUCUACAAGCCAUCAAGGAUACUACUUAUAUUUCCACUACAAGCCAUCAAGGAUACAACUUAUGUUUCCACUACAAGCCAUCAAGGAUACAACUUAUGUUUCCUCUACAAGCCAUCAAGGAUACAACUUAUGUUUCCUCUACAAGCCAUCAAGGAUACAACUUAUGUUUCCUCUACAAGCCAUCACAGGUACAACUUAUGUUUCCUCUACAAGCCAUCACGGAUACAACUUAUGUUUCCUCUACAAGCCAUCAAGGAUACAACUUAUGUUUCCUCUACAAGCCAUCAAGGAUACUACUUAUGUUUCCUCUACAAGCCAUCAAGGAUACAACUUAUGUUUCCUCUACAAGCCAUCAAGGAUACAACUUAUGUUUCCUCUACAAGCCAUCAAAGAUACAAGUUCAGUUUCCACAGUUUGCCUUUCCCAGGUUUGCAACAAGGCACCCAUUCAUUGACAAGCCCAAAUGGGAGGAUGAACAGCUGGUGGGCUCUUGUUCUCUUAUAUAAAUCUCUCCUUUCAGGUCCCUCUCUACACCUGUCUUUUCCCCAUUACUCACAUCUCCCUGUAGGGGCUUCGUGGUGCAGUGGUUAGCACACUCGGCUCACAACCGAGAGAGCCCGGGUUCGAUUCCCGGGCGGAGUGGAAAAAUUUGGGCGGCUUUUCCGAUACCCUACGCCCCUGUCCACCCAGCAGUGAAUGGGUACCAGGUAUUAAUCGGGGGUUGUGUCCCGUCUCCUGGGGUCUGUUCCCUUCUCCUAUAAUUCCUUCCCCUUCUGUCUCUCUCCGGCAUAUGACCACAGAUGUUGCGCCGACUAAACCAAAUUUUCCAACUGUUCCCUUCUCCUAUAAUUCCUUCCCCUUCUGUCUCUCUCUCCGGCAUAUGACCACAGAUGUUGCGCCGACUAAACCAAACUUUCCAACUGUUCCCUUCUCCUAUAAUUCCUUCCCCUUCUGUCUCUCUCCGGCACAUGACCACAGAUGUUGCGCCGACUAAACCAAACUUUCCAACUGUUCCCUUCUCCAAUAAUUCCUUCCCCUUCAAUCCCUCUCCGGCAUAUGACCACAGAUGUUGCGCCGACUAAACAAGACUUUCCAACUUCCACAAAAAUCACUAGUUUUAGGAAGGGAGAAGGGAAGGGAAAUAGUGAUUUGUGUGGAAAACAAUUGCUGGAUUAAUAUGAAGCAUAGUGAAAACUCUGAUAUCAGAAAGAAAUAGUUUUGUCAUCAGGGUUGAAGGAGACCUAGGCUGCAAAUUUACUGUACUUCUUCCCACACAAUACUUGCAUUUUGGCUCCUAUUUUCUCCCAUUCUGAGGUUUAUCUUGAUCCUCACCUCUCCAUGGCUCCCUCCAGCACUCGGAGACUUUAUAUGCUAUGUCACGGUCAGCAGACGGUGGUGAGGUACAGUGGCAGGGGUGAGAGGUGGCAGACAAGUUAUCACACACGGCAGAUUCACUCUUGUCUGUCUCAUCACCUGACUUGUCAUCAUCAACAUGGCGGCCGAGGCGCUGAAAAUUAAGAUUGUUAAUGUGUGGUGUCAAUAAUCUCAUGGAGAGGAAAGUUGGAAAGUUUGGUUUAGUCGGCGCAACAUCUGUGGUCAUAUGCCGGAGAGAGACAGAAGGGGAAGGAAUUAUAGGAGAAGGGAACAGUUGGAAAGUUUGGUUUAGUGGGCGCAACAUCUGUGGUCAUAUGCCGGAGAGAGACAGAAGGGGAAGGAAUUAUGGGAGAAGGGAACAGUUGGAAAGUUUAGUUUAGUCGGCGCAACAUCUGUGGUCAUAUGCCGGAGAGAGACAGAAGGGGAAGGAAUUAUGGGAGAAGGGAACAGUUGGAAAGUUUGGUUUAGUGGGCGCAACAUCUGUGGUCAUAUGCCGGAGAGAGACAGAAGGGGAAGGAAUUAUAGGAGAAGGAAAAGUUUAGUUAAGUCGGCGCAACAUCUGUGGUCAUAUGCUGGAG